AGGCCAAGUCAGUUCAACAAGACAAGUCUGUCUGCUCUGAAUUAACCUAUAAAAUGUGAUUGAAUGUAAUCAUUAAGUUUUCUUAAAAACAAAAAAACUUUUAAAUUGUUGAUAAAUUAGAAAGUUUAGGUACUACGACACUGUAACGUAUGGUUCUCGGAAGAUCAAUGGAGUUGCCUUCAACAAGUAGUGAAAAGAUGGGUUUUUAAAUCAAAGAAAAAGAAGAAGCAGCGUAUCUAUAACGUAUAUCUGCACAAGUGGAUUCUCUUUUUGAAAGGAGCUACCAACGUUAUGGAGUGCUGGACCGGCUUCUUAACUCCCAGAGCAGCGGCCAAGUUUUAUCCUCUUCAUCUAAUAUUCUGAUUGAAGAGAUGGGUUCGGAACAAAGCAGUCAGGCAAACCCUUCUCAAGCUUUGAGGUUAGGGCAGCUUCGACGUGGAAAAUCUGUACCUGAAUCAAAACGUGCGGAACAAGAAAGUAUGGAUACUUCACGUCCUGGCAGCAUAUCUCCGGGCCCGAGUGUGUGUUCCGAUUCGGAUCUACCUUAUAUAUCAUAUACCGUCAAUAGACCAAUUGGUGACUCGCCCAAGCUGCCUGCCAAACAGCAAGGGCAACUGAGUCGGGGGAAGUCAUUGGGAGCUGCCAGUGGUCUGUUGUCUUCUCCCGGCCGAAGGGUCGGUCUCCGCAAGCCCUCGGCCACCCGUCCCGCACCCCCCUCCCCUGCCCACAAUAUCGUGGUAGUCAAGCCAGCUGCCACCCAGGAGACUGCUGACAAGGAUGUGGACAUCCUGCGUCUUCAGAGUAUCCCGAUGUUUUUGCCCAUUAUGCGUGGAACGCUAACUCUGCCAGCGGCUCGUGACCCUGAGGUGUUAGAACGCCUGGACCCUGGUGCGCUGUACCAUCUGUGUCUGCAUUAUCAGAACCACCUGAAUCACUGUGCUCAGCUCGUAGCUGACGAUCAGGCAAUCAUAACUCAUAGGAUUAAAGAGGCACGAAAACAUCAGCUGCUUAUCAAUCAUGGUAAUGAACCAAUUUUUAGAUGAAGAGUGACGAAAUCCUCUCUUCUGGUGGAGAGAAAAACACCAUAUGUAUUUUGUUCAGCUGAGUUAAAGUGUAUUAUUUCUUGUUAACUGAUGGAAACAUAUUGAAUCUUGCAAGUUCCUUUCCACAAAAUAUUACUUUAUCACAUUUUUAUUUGCAACUGUUUGUCAACGUUGUCAACAGCAAUGUAUGUUUAUUUUAUAAAUUGACAAAUUAACUCAUGUAAACUAAUGUGAUUUCCAUGUUGGGUAUAAGUGUAUUAUUUUUUGUUAAGUGAUGAAGAGUGACGAAAUUCUCUCCUCUGGUGGAAAGAAAAACACCAUAUGUAUUUUGUUCAGCUGAGAUUAAGUGUAUUAUUUCUUGGUAACUGAUGGAAACGUUUGAAUCUUGCAAGUUCCUUUCCACAAAAUAUUACUUUAUCACAUUUUUAUUUGCCACUGUUUGUCAACGUUGUCAACAGCAAUGUAUGUUUAUUUUAUAAAUGAACAAAUUAACUCAUGUAAACUAAUGUAAUUUCCAUGUUGGAUUUAAGUGUAUUAUUUCUUGUUAACCCAUUGCGGAUCACUGACGAGCUGGGCUCGUCACGCAGCAGCCGGGCCUAAUGAG